UUCUCCAUAAGUCAGAACACAACCUUGAAUAUAACUUUAACUAAAAUUGCUUUGGCUGCUAAGUUUCUCAUUUCCCUGACAGAAAAAGUACAAGGUGGUGACAGAGAUAGAGAACUGGAUUCAUAAGUACGACGAUGACAUGGAAGAGAAACAGGAUGAGCUAGAAAAGAUGGCGAUGGCCUAUGAAGAGGAGAAGCAGGAGCUCACAGAGCUAGAAGAGGUCUAUGCUGUUCUGGAGCUGGAGUACAGCCAGAUCCAGGAGGAGCGUCAGCUUGCAGAGGAGAGGAUGAUGGAAGAGAAGAGGGAGCUGGAGUUGAAGAGCCAGGCUGCUAUCAUCGUCCAAGCGUGGUGGAGAGGCUACCGCAUUCGCAAGGCCAUCAAGGGCAAAAGUAAGAGGAGCAAGAAGGCAAAGGGCAAGAAGGGCAGGUUAACCACCAACUAAGCCUAUGACCCUUUUACUGUGCUGGAGUAAAUUCAAUUUGUGGAGUACAAACAUUACAUUUUGUAAGUAGGAUUCAUAUUAAUCUGUAGUAAAGAUUCAUUUCACUCUAGGGGUCUGCAACAUUUGUAUUAGCUGGUGAGGAUGCU